UCUUCUCCCUGCGCUAAAAAUAGCUAUUUAACACCCCGGCCGCACCGCCCUACCACACCAACCAGGCCCGAACCAACCAGCCCAAACCACCCCACCAACCAGGCACCCAGCCCGCAACCGUAAUUUUACGAUUGCGGACAAUAAUUUUACGGUUGCGAACAAUGUAUUUUUACGGUUACGAACACUGUGUUUUACGGUUGCGAACAACAAUUCUACGGUUGCGGACAAUAUUUUUUUACGGUCACGGGUUGAUCGGGCCACGGGAAGGACUGGUCGCUAAAUAACUAUUCUUAGUUAUUGUAACCGUUAUUCUUUGUUAUUGCAACCAUUAUUCUUUGUUAUUGCAACCGUAAUGCAUUACUUAUUGUAACAGUUAUUCUUUGUUAGCAUGCAACCGUUAUUCUUUGUUAUUGCAACCGUAAUGCAUUAGUUAUUGUAACCGUAUAUAGAUUCAUUUUUUUACCGAUUAACGUUGUCAUAAACCGCAACCGUAAAAAACACAUAGACGCUUCUCGCACCGUAAAAUCUCGACCUCCGUGAAUUUAAAAACGAAAUCACCCCCUCUUUCCUCCUAUUUCAUUCCAGUUUCCAUUCCACUUCUCUCUCCUACCCAACUCUCUCUCAUACCCUAUGCUCAGAUCUAGAUCUAGAUCGGCGGCGGCGGUGGGUGACGAUGGAUGCCGACGGCAGGGACUACUGCCGUGCCUCCGCUCGCAGGUGGUGUCGUUGACCGAGAAGCUGCAAGAGGAGGAGGCGGCAGAGGGCGGCGCUGGCGCGGCCGUUAACGCCACGGAGUUGCUGGCGGACGCGAAGGCCUCUCUGGCCGCCGACGCCGAUGAACAGCCUGCGGCGGACGCGGCGUUAGAGGCGCAGCAGGUGAAGUCCGAGGACAGGCUGAGCACGGGCAGCAGCGGGAGCGCGGUGGUUGAUGCGGACGCGCUGCUCCGCGCCGGCGGCCGUCUCGCUGCCGCCAUCGACAGCAGCGUGGAGUCGUACUUCCCCGGCAGCGACGACCAGUUCCACGACUGCGCGAUGAGUCCCUUAGACCACGGCACGAGGGAAUUCCAGUUAGGGGAGGACGACGGCGCUUGCAGCGACGAGGGCUGCAGCUACUACGCCGACGACCCCGCCGCCGCUACCGCCCUCUUCGCCAGCCAGGCCCACCACCACGCGGACGAUGACAACGGCCAGAUCAGCUAGUGGAUGUGGAACUAGGCAUCCUGUCCUGCACCGCGCGCCAAAUCUUGUGUUGAAAAUCAUGCCUUUUCUUUCUGCAACGUUGCUGUAAUGGUGAAUCACUAGCUAUGAUCAUGAAGAAAGUGUAUGCAUGCAUAUUAGGGGUAAAAUUGGGUAAUUAAUAUCGUUAAUCCCAAUCAGUCUGGUGUAUGAGAAGAGAUCAAGAAGUUAGCGGCCUGGGGGGAAAUAACGUGUGUUACAGUUGCUAAAACCUAAUUUACGGUUACGAAGACCAAGCAUUUUCCUUUUUACGGUUGAAGGAAUGCUAUUUUUACGGUUUGCAAUAUGUGAAAUUUACUAUCGUGGAAUGGAGGCAAUCGACAAUCACUAAACAAUAUUUUAUGGUUGCAACCGUAAAACACAUUGUUCGUAACCGUAAAAAUAUAUUAUUCGUAACCGUAAAAUUAUUUUCCGCAACCGUAAAAUUACGGUUGCAGGUUGGGAGCCUGGUUGGUGGGGUGGUUUGGACUGGUUGGUUCAGGGCUGGUUGGUGAGGUGGCUCGGGGUGUUAAAUAGCUAUUUUUAGCGCUGCGCU